GCGUCCCGCCCCUGAGCCGGCGCCCAGCCCCCAGUGGGGUGUCCGGAGUGGGGAAUGUCCCGGGUGGAGCUGACUGAGUCGCGCGCUCUGCUCCACCCGACGGGGCUGUGUGUGCUGGGCCUGGCUCGCGGCGAACCGAGAUGGCAGAGCAGUCGGACGAGGCCGUGAAGUACUACACCCUAGAGGAGAUUCAGAAGCACAACCACAGCAAGAGCACCUGGCUGAUCCUGCACCACAAGGUGUACGAUUUGACCAAAUUUCUGGAAGAGCAUCCUGGUGGGGAAGAAGUUUUAAGGGAACAAGCUGGAGGUGACGCUACUGAGAACUUUGAGGAUGUUGGGCACUCUACAGAUGCCAGGGAAAUGUCCAAAACAUACAUCAUUGGGGAGCUCCAUCCAGAUGACAGACCAAAGUUAAACAAGCCUCCGGAAACUCUUAUCACUACUGUUGAUUCUAGUUCCAGUUGGUGGACCAACUGGGUGAUCCCUGCCAUCUCUGCAGUGGCCGUCGCCUUGAUGUAUCGCCUGUACAUGGAGCAAGACUGAACACCUCCUCAGAAGUCAGCGCAGGAAAAGGCUGCUUUGGACACAGGAGAAAAGAAGCCAUUGCUAACUACUUCAACUGACAGAAAACUUCACUUGAAAACAAUGAUUUUAAUAUGUCUCUUUCUCUUUCUUCCGACAUUAGAAACAAAACAAAAAGAAGUGUCCUUUCUGCGCUCAAAUUUUUCGAGUGUGCCUUUUUAUUCAUCUACUUUAUUUUGAUGUUUCCUUAAUGUGUAAUUUACUUAUAAUAAGCAUGAUCUUUUAAAAAUAUAUUUGGCUUUUAAAGUA